AUGUGCAUGGGUCCUAUGUGCGUAAUCGCGUUAAGUAUUGCAGCUCGUCCGAGUACUGCUGUCGAUAUGCCGUCAGGAUCGCACGCACCCCCUCCUUUGGCGAGGAAUGAUACUGUCCCCGUACUGAGAAGCGUACAGAUACUUAAAGGAAUUCCUCAGGACAACCAACAUCCGGACGAGGCUUCGUCUAGCAGUGUCUAUCAGGACGACCCUUACCACAAUGAAAGAGACAUCACCGAAGACACAGAAAGUGACGACUCAGACAUCGACGUAACCGAUAUCCUUGAAAAUUCCACGCGUUCUACAGCGUUGGUUGUUCAUCAAAUUUCUUUAGAUCUCCCUGCGAACUCAAUCAAGCAAGAGCCGUGA